AUGACAUUCCCCCACCUCUCCGAUCCAAACAUCGAAGGCUAUCAAACCGUCCGCAAAUUCUGGAUCGAAUACUACAACCCCCAACAACAAACCUUCAUCUCCAAACGGAAAUGUAACGGCACCUACGACGACCACAAAUUCGUCAUCUGGUCAAUCGCCGUCGCCGUCCAAUCAAUCAUCGACGGCGCCCGCUUGUUUCCCGAACUCCACCCAAUGAUUGAUCCUGCCGUUAUGAUCUUCCAAAAAUACAAAAACCGCAGAAUUAAAGGAUAUUCCGCCGCCGAGAACCCAAAUGGGGAUGAUAUGGAUAUUUAUUACGAUGAUGAUGCCCAGGUUGCCAGUUGUAUGAUUACGGCGUAUGAAGUGACUGGGAAUCGCAAAUAUAUGGACCAGGCUUAUGAAUUGGUGGAAUUUUUGAUGACGGGGUGGAAUAAUGACCCUAAGGCAAGAACGAAGGGGGGAAUGUGUUGGCAUAUUAAGAAUCAUUAUUUGAAUGCUUGUACGACUGCCGAAGUAGCCAAAUGUUGUUUACAGAUUUCGAAAUAUAUCCCGCUGAGAAGUAGGGAAUAUAUUGAUUUUGCUGGCAAGUGUAUUGAUUGGCAGAUUGGAGUUUUACAGGAUCCUGAGGAUAAGUUAAUUAUGGAUGGGGUUCAGGAUACCGAAGUGGAUGUGAAUAGGAUGAAAUGGACAUAUAAUCUUGGUACCACUUUAUCUGCUGCCGCUCAGCUAUAUGCAAUUACGAGAAAUCCUAAAUGGAAACGAAUUGCUGAUGAAUUAGCUACGGCAGGAAUAGACCUGAAUGUAUUCUUUUAUGAUCGCGACUAUGAACAUUCAAAGAGAUAUUGGAGAGAUGGGUCGUAUUUUGUACAAUUGUUGAUUGAAGGAUUGGCGGAUUAUUUAUUAUAUGUGGGAAGUGAAGUCUCACCGGAUUUACGUACCAGGAUUCAUGACGAAGUUAAGAAACAUUUAAUCAUGUUUUAUGAAUUCAUGAAGGAUCCCAAGACUGGAUUAUACAUCCAAAGUUUUGAACCACAUCAUACAUAUCGUGAGAUUUACGAUACUAAAUAUAUGAAAUAUUUCGAAGGGAAGAAAUCUUGGGAAUUGAAGAGUGAAGAUAGGGAUGAUGAUACAGGCGAGGCACAGAUGUGUUUAAUGGGAUGUGGAGCCGCUGCUAGAGUAUUCUUUCAAGGGGCACGGAUUGUCCCUAAGAUUGAUCCGUAUAAUGACCUUCAUUAA